AUGAAGUUGUUUAAAUUCCAGACUCUAAAAUCCUUGUGGACUCUGAAGCCUCCUAAUAGGACUUUCCAUGCACACCCCAGGCUGCUUGCCUCCGAUGUAUAUUCACAGUACGAGUCUGUCAGGCAGGGCAAACAGGAAAUACCAAAGUACUUUAACUUUGCAAGUGAUGUACUGGACAAAUGGUCUGAGAUUGAAAAGGCUGGAAAGAGACCAUCAAACCCUGCCUUUUGGUGGAUAAAUGGAAAAGGAGACGAAGUGAAGUGGAGCUUUGAGGAGCUGGGGUUCCUGUCUCGGAAAGUGGCCAAUGUGCUGACUACAGUAUGUGGACUGCAGAAGGGGGACAGAAUUGUAGUGAUCCUGCCACGAGUCCCAGAAUGGUGGCUGGUGAAUGUGGCUUGCAUGCGAGCAGGAAUUGUCUUAAUUCCAGGAAUAUCCCAAUUAUCUGCCAAAGACAUAUUAUAUCGACUCCAGGCAUCAAAGGCCACAUGCAUCAUUACCGAUGACACACUAGCUCCUGCCGUGGACUCAGUGGCAUCUGAGUGUCAGUUUCUGAAAACCAAACUAAUCGUGUCCAAAAGCAGUAGGGAGGGAUGGCUGAACUUUACUGACCUGUACAAAAACGAAUCUGCUGACCAUUCCUGCAUCAAAACAAGGAUGCAAGACUCAAUGAGUAUCUUCUUUACCAGUGGAACCACAGGUUCUCCAAAGAUGACUGAACAUUCCCAGGGCAGUCUUGGUUUCAGACCCCUUUUAAGUGAAAGGUACUGGUUGGAUUUGACUCCCUCAGACAUCAUAUGGAGCACAGCAGACACAGGAUGGAUAUUAGCUUCACUGGCAUCUAUUUUUGAUCCCUGGGUUUUUGGAUCAUGCAUCUUUAUACAUAAACUACCACGGAUCGAAUCAGCAGCCAUCCUAAAUACUCUCUGCAGAUUCCCCAUUGACACACUGGUUGGUGCUCCAACAUUGUUCCGCAUGCUGGUGCAAAAUGAUCUCUCCAACUACAAAUUCAUGAAACUGAAGCACUGCAUGAGUGGAGGGGAGCCACUCAACCCAGAAGUCAUGGAGCAGUGGAAAAGCAAGACUGGGCUGGACAUCCAUGAAGUAUAUGGCCAGACUGAAACGGGAAUAAUCUGCUCUGUUUUUAAAGGAAGGAAGAUUAAACCAGGAUCAAUGGGGAAGGCAGCUCCCCUUUAUGAUGUUCAGAUCAUAGACAAAAAUGCUAAUAUUCUGCCUCCAGGACAACAGGGGGAAAUUGCUGUCAGAAGCAAACCUAUAAGACCACUCGGUUUAUUCUCUGAAUAUGUAGAUAACCCUAAGAAAACCGCAGAAAGUGAACGUGGGGAUUUUUAUGUCACUGGAGACAGAGGGACUAUGGAUGAAGAUGGAUAUUUUCGGUUUAUUGGAAGAGACGAUGAUAUCAUCAUUUCUUCAGGAUAUCGCAUUGGGCCAUUUGAAGUAGAGAGUGCCCUGAUAGAGCACCCAGCAGUAGCAGAAACAGCUGUUGUCAGCAGCCCAGAUCCCCUCAGAGGAGAGGUCGUGAAAGCAUUCGUAGUCUUGUCCCCAACCUUUUCAUCCAGUGACCUGGAGACCUUAACCUGUGACUUGCAGGAGCAUGUCAAGAAAACUACUGCUCCAUAUAAAUACCCUAGAAAGGUGGAAUUUGUCCAAGAGCUGCCAAAGACAGUCACUGGGAAGAUCAGGAGGAACGAAUUAAGAAACAAAGAGUGGGGACGGAUAUAG